AUGCACGGGGCGCCUAGCCCCUCCAGCAGGCUGGUCUGUCACAUUGAUCACACGACAAGCCCUUGUCGUCUCUGUCCGACAAGUUUAUACUGUGCCACCCUGCUCCCCUGUUACACAUCACUGUUGCUGGCUUCGCGCCCUGAUAGCACCGUCUUGCUAUCUGUUUUGCUAACCAUUGUCAGUAGGUAUCACUCCAGCACCACCUUGUCCGAUACGGGCUCAGGCUCUAUUUCUGCCUCGCCCAUCUCCAGCGCCUCAUCGUCGCUGGCGUAUAGUUCCUUCACACCGACAGCAGCAGUCUACUCGAAUCAAAUACCCCAAAUCUCGGUAGCAAACAAUUUCCAGGCAGCGCCUUUUGCGUACCCUUACAACAACCCCAUGUCGUCGAUCCGGAGGAACUCAUCCAUAGCGGAUGCCUCAUCGUCAACCAUGUUACCUCCAAACAACCCAGUGUCACCCUCACUGGGAUCCGCAGCUAGAGAUAACUAUACCACCUCGACGCCUGGACUCCUCCGUCAUUCCCAUACGCUCUCCCCUCGACUUUCAGACGUCUCUCGCUAUAGCUCAUUGCCAGAUACCCCCAGAAGUGUCUUGUCGACCGCCAUGUCCCUACCCGCUUCGAGUGCAUAUGGUAGCACUGGUGCGCUUGGCUACACAACAAGUGCCCAGAUCCCAGACAGCCCGCCAUUCAAUCCUCAAGAAACGUUCGUCGAGAUCACUUGUGAAGGGAAUCCAGUGCAGCCAAACAUCGAAGCUAAGAUUGAAAAAGGUUUCUUCUGGUCAAGCGACCGUGUAUGGACGUGCUAUCGCAGAAAUUACUUUGCCGUCACCGUGUCAUACACUUUGUCGCCUUGGAUCCCCAACGGCCGCCUCUACAUCACCCGCUCCGGAAAAGGACCCGAACAAGUGCAAUCCAUGGCCGUCUCACUCGCCGCCGCCGUUGAUAACUCGAAUGGAAAGUCCGUGGAAUUGAUCCAACACACUCCUAAGCGUGAUAGGGGGCCCCAGCUCGCCAUCAAGAAGGAGCUCCUCUUGCCGACCCCGCCAGGGAAAACGCACGAGACUGGAAGUUACAGCCUCACCAAUUUCCAUCAGAACACAUCCGUCCCUGGUCCCCAGCUACCUUUGCAGAACGAGCCUGAACCGUCCCACAGCUACUCCCAAGCCGGCCACUCGAGCAGCACUAACUACCAGCACGCCUUUGAGAGGAUUCAGUUCAAAUGUGCUACCGCUAACAAUGGCAAGAGGCGGGCGCAGCAACAGUACUAUCACUUGAUCGUCGAGCUAUGGGCCAACGUCCAGAACCCCCGCGAUUCUCAGCCAGAGUGGGUCAAGGUCGCCACAAAGUCUUCCUCACACGUGGUUGUCCGUGGUCGCUCACCCAGCCAUUACCAAAACGAGGGCCCUCACAACUCUCAUGGUUCUCGUGGCGGUGCCGCCGGAAUGGGCGGCUCGGGACAUCAAGGGUUGGGUUCCAAUGGUGGGCCAACUUAUGGUGGCUCUUACGGCCGUCUUGGCCUAAAUGGCCCGAGCACAAUGAGUGGCAGCACUUACCGUGGAACUGCUUACUCCCUUGACCCGAGUCCCGUUGGCAGUCACUCAGUCAGCUCCGCCAGUUCUCUCAGCGGAGGACCAGUUGAAGGUCUCGUAGACCAACACAUGGUUGAUGAGGAAGAGAACAAACCGCUCCACGCACCUGAGGGUUAUCAAUAUUACCCGCAUACCAUCUAUGAGAGUCUUCCGGCGAAGCUUGAGGGAACCGGUCUUCCCCACCCCGACCGGAGGGUCAAGGACGAGUAUGCUGGCGCAACCGCCGUUCCAUCAGGCUGGUCAGGAGGUGGGUGCGGACGCUUCCAGGGGAUGGAAUCCAGCCGUGGAUUUUACCCCGAUGUCCACGCUCACCUAGGGUAUUGA